AAGGCACUUCUAGAGGAUGACCAGAGUUAUGCUUGUUGUCCUAGUGUAAUUAUUAAAAGAUAAUUUUGACCCUUUCAUAGUCAAAAGUGUACCUGGUGGGGAGAAAUUAGUGUCUCCCUAGUUCUAGUCGUUUGGUUUGAGACAGGGAGGAGGGGGCGGAGGGAGGAGGCGAGCAGGUGAGGGGCGUUCUCUCUAAUGGGUCCCUUGCUCGACCUCCGGUGGCCUGAAGAAACUUAAUUUCGAAUCUGCAGACCCGUGGGGGCAACUGCGAUUGCACCUUUGCUCUUUUAACAACCGCUGUGCUAAUCGAAGUGGUUAAUCGGUGACACUGCAUACAGAUGUAGGUGAUAUUAAAAUCGAAGUCUUCUGUGAGAGGACACCCAAAACAUGUGAAAAUUUCUUGGCUCUUUGUGCCAGUAAUUACUACAAUGGCUGUAUAUUUCAUAGAAAUAUCAAGGGUUUCAUGGUUCAAACAGGAGAUCCAACAGGUACUGGAAGAGGAGGUAGCAGUAUCUGGGGCAAGAAAUUUGAAGAUGAAUACAGUGAAUAUCUUAAGCACAACGUUAGAGGUGUUGUAUCUAUGGCUAAUAAUGGCCCAAACACCAAUGGAUCUCAGUUCUUCAUCACCUAUGGGAAGCAGCCACAUCUGGACAUGAAAUACACAGUAUUUGGAAAGGUAAUAGAUGGUCUGGAGACUCUAGAUGAAUUGGAGAAGUUACCAGUAAAUGAGAAGACAUAUCGACCUCUUAAUGAUGUACACAUUAAGGACAUAACUAUUCAUGCCAACCCAUUUGCUCAGUAGUUAUAAUAGACCUGGACAAAUACUUGGCAAACUAUUCAAGGAACACACCUAUUAUGGUUUACCCAGAUUUAAUUAUGUCAGAGAUUGCAUCAUUAUACAACUUGUUUACAACUAAGAUCUACUUGUUUACAGCUAAGAUCUUCUAUGAGUUGGUGGUACCAAGGGAAGCCAAACAGCUUUUAC